CCUUUUCCAGCCACAAAGCAAGUCCCCUGAGUUUCAGCUGCGACGGGGCCUCCUCAGGAGCCCGACCAGGCAGGUCUGCCAGUUGUCCUACUCAGCUUGAAGAGAACCAAGCUGCGUUGACGGGGGUCGAACGAGCAGCCACUUUAGCCAGAGUUUGACAGCGACAGCCGUGACUGGAAUUGGUUGCAUUCCAAUUUUACAGCUUUCCCCAACCCGUCUCGGAGAGGACUUGAGACGCCGCUUUGUUUCAUUGCCCCAAGUGUCCAAAUUUGUCUAUGGAACGACAAUGGGAACGCGCGAAACACGCAUGGAAGUCGACAGCUGGUUUCCCUUUCUUCUUCACUGACGAAUGGUGGAGAGAACGUGAACGACGCAUGCAGAGAAUAGAGAAGCGCCGCAAGCUGAGGAAAAGAUCCUGUGUCCGUGGUGCGAACUUGAAGAGAGAGGAGACGUAUGCCAGCGAUAUGGAACCUAAGUACCAUUGGAGGGACGACAGUGGGACCCUUGUCGACGAGGAAGAGAUGAAGGAGAAGAAUGAAUGAACUUGGAGGGAUGGUAUUGAUGGCGAAUUGAUUGUAUAUGGCUAGAGAGUUGGACUGGAGGAUCAGGUAAAGUCUCUGAUAGAUGACCAUGAUGGACUAUUUGCGACCGUGAACCUGCAGAACGUUCCAUUACUAGUGUGCGGGCUGUUUGACUGUAACAUAGAACAGAAGUGCUGUAGCAUAGCCACAAGGUACAAGGCAAGCAUGUAUAACCGUAUCAAGCUCGGCGACAUUAACACC